CUUAUUGUUUAGACUGUUAUUUAUCUUCAGCGGUUAGGGUUAGAUGGUAGUUAGUUUAAGGUCAUGCUUUCAACUUUAACUUGCGGGGCUACAACGGCCACGACAAACAGCCACGUCUCCAUGAUGGGGAAGCCGAAUAAUGGAGUGGACGGUUUCGUGAGUGAUGGCAGUUUAGACGAGGAACCUCAAGUCCGGAUGCGGGUCGGAGAGAUGUAUCAAGCGAAAGUUCCUCCUGUGGAUGAAAUCGUCGGGAAACAACUUCCACAUUCCAAAGAAGGAAUCCUUAUAUGGUGUCCAAGUGAAAGUUUGUCCGAUCAUGAAUUGAAUGAAUUUUGUGAAGCGGCCAAAGUAAAACAUCAGUAUAACACAGAACAAGCCCUUGGGAUGUUGUUCUGGCACAAACAUGACGUCUCCAAGUCGUUGAGUGAUAUGCAAAACUUCACACCGAUGCCUGACGAGUGGUCAGCUGAGGAUAAAGUAUUGUUUGAACAAGCCUAUAAUUUCCAUGGGAAAAAUUUUCGCAAAAUCCAACAGUUAGUUCCUGAUAAAGAAAUGGGACAACUUGUUAAACAUUAUUACAUUUGGAAGAACUCUAGACUUAAGACAUCAUUAAUGGAUAAGCAUGCAGGAGUUAAAGGCGGCAAGGGUGGUGAUGGUAGCGAUGGGGAGGGGAUGGAUCUCGGAGAGUACGAGGAUAAUGACGAUAAGAUGAGGAUUGUGGAAGACACGAUUGAGGUGAAACACAAGUUGCCGAAGGGGAUUGACUUGUCGGUUGAUGACAUCACUACGUUAGGGGAACACCCGGGAAGUCCCCAUGAUUACAUUUCCACACUGGAGGAAAAUAUUGUUGCGAUAAAAAGGCAGGUCCAGUCGUUAAAGCAAGAAUGCGGGCAGUUUGAUAUCAGGGAGGGAGACCUGGUCGAACAAAGUGAUGAACAGGUUGUUGAUGGUUGGACGAACACAGAGUUGCUGCUCGCUGUUAAAGCUGUUCGGAAGUUUGGACAAAAUUACGAAUCAAUCGCUGGCACCAUCGGCACUAAAAGUGUCGCACAAAUUAAAAACUUUUUCUCCACUUAUAAAAAUGAACUAAAGUUAGAUGAAGUACUGAAAGAGCACAAAGAGGAAAUAAUCACAAACGGAGAUUAGGUUUCAAACAACUCUAAAGUUUAUUCCUGUUUAUAAACAUGUCUAAUCUAAAUAUUUGAUAUUUUAAUCUGAACUUCUUUAUUUGUUGUUGUUGUCAUACUUAAUUCACAACUUUCAAUUGAAAUUACAAAUUGGAAUAAUAUGAUUAAAGUGUGGACACUUGUACAUAGA